UCAACUUUCCUUUCAUGUUCUGUUCCUACUGUGUGCAUAUAGAGCCAGUACUAAAAUCCCAUGUUGUCUUUUCAUGUUCAUUUUUUAAGUUUAGAAUCUUUUCACGUUUGGUAAAGAUUUAAAGUUGGGAUCUGCUAUACCCCAGUGUUUUCCCACCAUUUUUCUGCUUCCUCUUAGACUGAGUUUCUCUUAUCUCUGAAGAAGAAAUGGCUGCCAAUUUCUGGACAUCAUCUCACUACAAGCACCUUCUGGAUCAAGAAGAUGUGGAUAUGGUGAAUCCACUUGACAAAGAAAAGGGUGUCACACUUGAGGAUUUUAAGCUCAUUAAGAUGCACAUGGCUAAUUAUAUUUUGAAAUUGGCUCAACAAGUAAAAGUGAGGCAGAGGGUUGUUGCCACUGCAGUUACAUACAUGAGGCGUGUUUACACCAGGAAGAGUAUGACAGAAUAUGAUCCACGCCUGGUAGCUCCAACCUGUUUGUACCUGGCAUCAAAAGCAGAAGAAAGCACAGUGCAGGCUCGGCUGCUUGUAUUUUACAUUAAAAAAUUAUAUUCUGAUGAUAAGUAUAGGUAUGAAAUCAAGGACAUACUUGAAAUGGAAAUGAAGGUUUUAGAAGCACUUAACUAUUACCUUGUUGUAUUUCACCCCUACCGUUCACUAUCGCAGUUGCUUCAAGAUGCAGGUCUGAAUGAUCUAAGCAUGACUCAACUAACUUGGGGGCUUGUAAAUGACACAUACAAGAUGGACCUAAUUCUUGUGCAUCCUCCACAUCUGAUUGCUUUAGCUUGCAUAUACAUUGCUAGUGUGCUCAGAGAUAAAGACACCACUGUCUGGUUCGAAGAACUUCGUGUUGAUAUGAACGUGGUUAAGAACAUAUCAAUGGAGAUACUUGAUUUUUAUGAGAGUAAUAGAAUGUUUACUGAUGAGAGAUUCAACGCUGCUCUCCAGAAGCUAUCCUUGAGGCCCUAAAAGCUUCUUGCAGAGAUACUUCCUUUGAGACGAGCCAGCAACUUCCAUUCCUAGGAAGUACUUGAGUUGUCCCAAGUCUUUUUAACUUCAAAUUCUUUUGCUAGAAAUUUCUCAAGGUGUUCAAUCUCUUCAUGGUCAUCACACUUGAUGAUGAUAUUAUCUACAAAUACUAUGAACAAGGCGGACAUAUCUCUUCUGAAGAAUUUAUUUGACAUUAUAUAAAUCCAUUUUUCUCGA